UCACGUUAUAUUAUUUUCGAUUAUUAUUACUAUUAUUAUUACUAAUAAUAAUAAUAUAUAAUAAAAUAAUAUAAUAAUUGUAGUUGACUCGAUCGAUUUUUUAUUUCAGGACGAAUGAGCAGUUAAUGCCACAAAUGGAUGAUGCGGAGUAUUUUUUUUUUUAAAUUUUUAGCGUCAUUUAAAAGUAUGGAUCUUUCGGAUAUUUAUUUGAUUCCUUUUUUAUCAAAAUUGUUCGAAUAUUUUUAAUGAAUAACCGUUCGAGUUAUAUAAAUAAAAUAUUAUUCUUACUCACGAUAGUCUUUGUCUACAAAUUCGCAAUAUUUUCUGAUAUCGAAAGAGAGAUUUGUAUCAUAAAAAGAAAAAGAAAUUAAAUAUAAAAUAAAAAAAAAACUAAAUAAAUUAAUUAUAAGAUAGAAUAUAUUUUUGAAAUAUUUAAAUGUUAAUAUAUAUCGUUGAAUAAUAUCGUCGUUAUCAAUUAUGAAAAAAAGAAAAAAAAAAAGAAAGAAAAAAAUAUUACGAUACGAGAUAAGUUCAUAUCGAAAGAUAUAUAAAAAGUCGACAUCUUGUAUUCUAAUCAUUCGGUAUAACCUCUCUCAAAAAGUAAAAUCGAAAUUUUUUUUGUUUAUACAAAAUGAUCCGACAAAUUCAAUAGUAAUAAUAUCCUGUAAUAGGAAUCAUGGCAUCCGAAUCAAGAUAUUUCCGGUAACAUAAUUCCGUUUAAAAUCCGAUCAAAGAGAGAGAGAGAAAGAAAGAAAGAGAAAGAGAGAGAGAGAAAGAGGGACAAUAUUGAAAAUAAAAGGAAUAAAAAAAAAAAAAAGAGAAAGAUAACAGAAAGAAAGAGAAGAAAAAGAAGCUAACAUGAACGCAUUUUCUGAAAAUCCAUUUUUUUUCUUUGUGGAUAAUGCUCAUCCUAUAUUUCCUAUGGAUGUUUUUCAAGAUGCCGGCAAAAUAAUAGAAUUAUCGGACACUGGAUGUGAUGCAAUUUCUCCGUCGUCUUCGGUUCGACAAAAAAAAGAUAAAAAUCAAUCACAUUGCGAAAAGAAGGUACCCCGUCAUGAUCCAGCAUCGAAAAAUAUACGAAAAAUAUUCGAUCAGAAACAAGAAACAAAUAGGGAAGAAUUCCAGAAAAAAAGUAACACGAGAGGCAACACAUCGACUACAGACAAAACACCACCGAAGAAAAUAAAAACGAAAGAAUUUUUGAGGGAAAGAUCUAAAACUAUGGAUCGAGAGAAUAAUGAAAAAAUUGAUCAAUGGGAACGCAAUAUAGCUGAUUUUGAAAGUAUAUUAAGAGGUCAAGGAAAUUUUAUAGAUGAUUUGUCAUCGAAUGAUGUCACCGACGAUUCCGAUUUAUCAAAUUAUUUACUUAAAAAGGCAACUAAUAGAAAAAACAAAAGGGAAGAAAAAGAAACUCGAAAAAAAGUUUUUGAUCCGUACAAAAAUUCGAAUGAAUCGACAUCUACUACAAAAUUAUCUCAAUCGCGUCAUGGUUCGAAUGAUUUAGAAAAUGAUAAUAAUAAAAGAAAACGAAUUUUUUCCGCAACGUGUUCGUCGCAAAAAAAGAAAGAAAAUUUCUCAAAACCUAUAUUCAAUGACAUCACAGAUAACACCAAGAUAAAAAAUGAUUUUUCAUUCGUAAAUAAUGUUAACGAAAGAAAUGACGAAAUGUUGAAAGAUUUUGACAAAGAAAUAAAAAAAUCGAUCGAUCGUGCUGUGGAUAUAGACAGUAUUUCGGAUAUGUUUGAGAAUUUUGAUGAAAAUGUAAUAAAAAAAAGUGAAAAUAUUAAUGAAGAAAAAAAUGAUUUGAGGUUGGAAAAACAAGAAAACGUUGAAAUUUUGAAAAAUAAUUUUAAUCGUCAAGACGUUAAUCAUGAGAUGGAUAAUAAAACGUUAUUUGAAAGGAGAAAGGGCACUUCAAGAAGUGCCGAUCUCGAUAAAAUGAAAUAUCGUGACAAUAUGGCGAAACGUAAUGUUAAUAAAAAUUCGAUGAAAUCGGAUAGAAAUAAUCUUGCGACAUCAAAAAUUCAAGAUAAUGAGAAUAAUAUCGAGAAGGAAAAUUUUAAUAAUAAAAAUAAUAAAACGAAAUCGAGAGUUCUACCGAAAAGUGCAGGCUCGUUUUCUCGACGAAAGGAAGAUAUUCAAAAAGAAAAAGUCGAAUUGAAAAAGGAAAUAAAUAAUAUGGCGUUCUCUUUUGACGAUAAUUCCGAUGCAUCGAAAAAAUUGAAAAAGAAUAUCAAGGAAAAAUCACCGACUAGAAAUCAAAUUUCUGGAUAUUCUUUAUCAAAAUCUGUUAGAGAAGAAAAGGAAAAUGACAAAGCGGGUAUUCAAAGAAAAGAUUUAGAAAAUAUCGGCGCCAUUUUUAUAUCCUCAGCUAUGAAAAACUCUAAAAGAUGGUCGAAUUCAAAGACGACCGAUAAGGAGGAUAAAAAUCUCCAAAGCAAUAACGAUCUGAAAAAUAAAUCUGAUCAAUUAGAAAGUAACAAGAUUGAAGAAGCUAACAGCGAUGAAACAUCAUCUUUUUCAAAAAUUCAUUCGACGAUUUCAAAUCUUUUAAAAUUAUCGGAUAAAACGGAAAAAUCGAUAAGAUCAAGAAUACCGAUUGCGAUUUCUCGAUUGAAAAAGGAAUUAGGAGACAAUUUUGAUAUUUCUAAAUUAGAAAAUCGUAGAAGAUCGAGAUCGAGAUCGAAAGUGGUCAUUAGAGAAAAUAAUCGAUUGAAAGAUAACAAAAUCGACGAAUCAACGUCGACUGCUAUAAUUUUGGUCGACAAAUCGGAUUGCACGAGAGACGAUGAUAAUGAAGAAAAUGAUCGAGAAAAAUCUAGAUCGAAUUCGUCGAAUAGAAAAUACGAAGGAGCUCGUAAAAAGAAAAUGGACGUUGAACUGAAAGUUUUUAAAAUGGCAAAAGCUGAAAAAGAGGAAAGGAGAAAAGAAUUUGAGAAAUGUGGUUUACGUGAGCCAGUGAAGAAACUGAAAAAUGGAUCUCAGGAAAUGAUCGAUAUUGCUGUUACGAUACUUGAAAGGAAAUCGGAAGGGGUAAAAACAUCUUCGAAUUCUGACGAUAAACAUCUUGAAAACGUUCAUGCGAAUCAGGAAGAAGGUUAUUCGAAACCUUAUUCUUUGAGAAGCGGCAUAUAUUCCAGAUACUUUCCUAAUCUUCCAUCCAAAACUUAUCGAACUUAAUUUUUUUUUCGUUAUUUUUAUAGUAUUACAAAUAUAUACAAAAAAUCAUACUAUUUAUUGUCUUUUUAAAUGCAAAUUCGAUUAUAAUUUUUCAAUAUUAAAUAAAAAAUAUUAAUAAGAAAAAUUUCAUAGGACUAAUUUAUACGUAGUAUUCAAAUUUUUAUCUAUAUAUAGAUAUCUGUCUUAUGUUACUAAAAUAUUUGAUUUUAGGCGAAUACUCCUUGACUAAUACUUCUUAA